GAAGUUAUUGAGAGAGAAGAGAUGUAGCUCAAUAUUACAUGGGACAAUACAAAAUUCGGUUGUCUUGUCUUGCUUAAACAUCGUGGUUCUGCACCGAAUAGCCACGACCCUCUGGAGAUCUCAGCGGAAAGGAGAAAUUUAUCGAACGGUUGCAAAGAUUUGAGAACACUCUGUUCUCGCAAACAAAAGAAAGCCAACGAAGUUGCUCGGAUUUCUUCACUCUGUGCAGCUUCCAACUGCCCCCAACUGUUUUUCGAUUCCAAUAUUCCAGGAAAGAAAAGGAAAAUGAGGGAUUAUUGUAUAGCUUUCAAUUCCUCAAACCACAAAUUUCUCAAAUCUUUUUUCCCUUUCUUCCUCUGUAUUUUGUUUUCUGUCUUUCAGAAUCUCAUACUCUGUUCCUCACUAAACCCAGCCCUUCUUCUUCCCCUCAAAACCCAAGUUAUUCCGCCGGAAUCCAUCCGGCGAUCUCCUGACAAGCUUCCUUUCCGGCAUAACGUCAGCCUCACUGUCUCUCUGACGGUCGGAACGCCGCCGCAGAAUGUUACAAUGGUCAUCGACACCGGCAGUGAACUCUCAUGGCUCCACUGCAACAGAUCACAAAAUUCUUCUUCUUCAUCUUCGACAUUCAACCCGGCCGGGUCCUCCUCGUACACUCCGAUUCCUUGUUCCUCGUCCACCUGCACCGACCAAACUCGGGAUUUUCCAAUUCCGGCAUCUUGUGAUUCCAAUCAUCUCUGUCAUGCCACUCUAUCUUACGCUGAUGCCUCUUCUUCAGAAGGAACUCUCGCCACCGAUACUUUUUACAUCGGCAAUUCCGGGAUUUCCAAUGUUGUCUUCGGUUGUAUGGAUUCCAUUUUCAGCUCCAACAAUGAAGAAGACUCCAAAAACACCGGAUUAAUGGGUAUGAAUCGUGGAUCUCUCUCUUUUGUAUCUCAAAUGGGUUUCCCCAAAUUUUCCUAUUGCAUAUCGGAAUAUGAUUUUUCCGGUUUGUUAUUACUCGGAGAUGCUAAUUUUUCAUGGUUGGCUCCGUUGAAUUACACUCCACUCAUCGAAAUGUCGACCCCAUUACCGUAUUUCGAUCGGGUUGCUUACACGGUUCAGCUUGAAGGGAUCAAAGUUUCCCACAAGUUACUUCCGAUACCGGAGUCCGUUUUCGAACCAGACCACACCGGAGCGGGGCAAACCAUGGUUGACUCCGGCACUCAGUUCACGUUCCUUCUCGGACCAGCUUACACCGCGCUCCGAGACGAGUUCCUGAACCGAACCGCCGGUUCGAUUCGGGUUUUCGAGGAUUCGAAUUUCGUUUUUCAAGGGGCAAUGGAUCUUUGUUACCGGGUUCCGAUGAAUCAAACCCGACUCCCGCCACUGCCAUCGGUGACGCUAGUGUUUCGCGGUGCCGAAAUGACGGUUACCGGCGACCGGAUUCUGUACCGGGUGCCCGGAGAAAUAAGAGGAAACGAUUCGAUUCACUGUUUUACAUUCGGAAAUUCGGAUCUCCUCGGCGUGGAAGCGUUUGUAAUUGGGCAUCUUCAUCAACAAAACGUGUGGAUGGAAUUCGAUCUGAAAAAAUCCCGGAUCGGGUUGGCAGAGAUUCGGUGCGAUUUAGCGGGUCAGAAGUUGGGUAUGGGCCUGUAAAUGACCCGGGCCCAUUCGAUGGAAGCGUUUUAACUAUCGGGGUAACUUAGCACGUGAUAUUGAUUAAAAUCUUACGGUUUUUGGUGUGUAGUCGUAGGUCCAUGCUAUUAUGGUGGUCCUUCAGCUUUUUAAUACCGUCCGUAUGUGGGUCCCCUAUAUA